AUGCAAAUGUUAACAUUUCUUCUUUGUUUUGGUUUUCCAUUUUCAACUGCCUUUUAUUUCCACGCAGGGGAACGUGAGGAGAAAUGCCUAAUAGAAGACAUUCCAAGCGACACGUUGGUAACAGGGACUUUCAAGAUACAGCAAUGGGACAUAGGCAGACAUACGUUCCUUGAAUCUGCUCCUGGUUUGGGAAUGUUUGUGACUAUUACAACUUACAAUGAUGAGGUAAUAUUGUCGAAGCUAUAUGGCCCGCAAGGGACAUUCUAUUUUACUUCACAUUCACCUGGUGAACACAUCAUUUGCUUAGAAUCUAAUUCUACAAGGCUUGUGUCAUUUGGAGGGAGUAGGCUGAGGAUCCACUUAGAUAUUCGAGUUGGUGAACACGACCUUGAUGCGGCCAUUGCUCAAGCAAAGGACAAAGUUAAUGAACUUACCUUCAAGCUUGAACAUCUAAUUGAACAAAUUGAGCAAAUAGUCAAAGAACAAAACUAUCAAAGGGACCGUGAAGAAAAUUUUCGAACGACCAGUGAAGAUACAAAUAGCAAUGUUUUAUGGUGGGCUUUUGCACAAAUACUAAUCUUUAUUUCAGUCGGAAUUUUCCAAAUGAAGUACCUGAAAGACUUCUUUAUAGCUAAGAAGAUUGUUUAAAAUAUUAUCAAUAAGGACAAAUAAUCUGCAUAAUGUUUGAGUUAAUAAAUCAAAAUACCUGCA